GGUUGUAGUGACGAAAGUGCGAAAGCGGACUCGAAGUAACCAGGCCCCCGCCAUGGCCCGGUUCGGCCCCGCCAUGACCCGGUGAGAAGAUGGAGAACAACCCGGUACCGGCUGGAGCCGAGGAUGGAAGGGGGAGAACCGGGAUCAAACGGGUCACGUUCCCCUGCGAUGAGGACAUCGUGUCCGGGGCCGUGGAGCCCAAGGACCCGUGGAGACACGCCCAAAACGUGACGGUGGAGGAGAUCAUCGCGGCCUACAAGCAGGCCUGCCAGAAGCUGAGCUGCAAGCAGAUCCCCAAACUCCUCAAGCAGAUCCAGGAAUUUAAGGACCUGGCACCCAGGAUAGAUUGUUUGGAUCUCAAAGGGGAGAAGCUGGACUACAAGGCCUGCGAGGCGCUGGAGGAGAUUUUCAAGAGGCUGCAGUUCAAAAUCGUUGACUUGGAACAAACGAGUUUGGAUGAAGACGGCGCCUCGGCGCUGUUUGACAUGAUCGAAUACUACGAGUCGGCCACGCACCUCAACAUCUCCUUCAACAAACACAUCGGGACGCGGGGCUGGCAGGCGGCCGCGCACAUGAUGAGGAAGACCAGCUGCCUCCAUUCCCUGGACGCCCGUGGGACGCCGCUGCUGGAGCCGUCGGCGCCGUUUGUUGCUCGUGCUUUGAGGAUCAGCAGCUCGUUGGUGGUGCUGCACCUGGAGAGCGCCAGCCUCAGCGGGCGGCCACUAAUGCUGCUGGCCACGGCGCUGAAGAUGAACGUGACGCUGCGGGAGCUGUACCUGGCCGACAACAAACUCAACGGGCUCCAGGACGCGGCUCAGCUGGGAAACCUGCUGAAAUUCAACUGCUGCAUCCAGAUCCUGGACCUGCGCAACAACCACAUCCUGGACUCGGGCGUGGCGUACCUGUGUGAGGGGCUCCGUGAGCAGCGCCGUGGGCUGGUGACGUUGGUGCUUUGGAACAACCAGGUGACGCAGGCGGGGACGGCGUAUCUGGGGGUCACGCUGGUGAGUGACCCCGAUGUCAAUCAAGUUCCCUGCUGCGCCUCGACCCUCGACAGGGACCCCAAGAAGGAGGCGGUGAAGAGUUUCCUGGAGACUCAGCGAGCUCUGCUGGCCGAGAUCCAGAGCGGCUGCAAACGGAACUUUGCUUUGGCCCGAGAACGGGACCAGGGGGGGGACACGCAGGACACCCAGGACCCACAACCCAACCUGGACCCACAACCCAACCUGGACCCACAGACCCCACAGGACCCAGAGAACCCACAGGACCCACAGACCCCACAGGACCCAGAGAACCCACAGGACCCACAGACCCCACAGGACCCACAGAACCCACAGGACCCAGAGCACCCACAACCCAACCACGACCCACAACCCAACCGGGACCCACAGGACCCAGAGCACCAACAGGACCUAGAGCACCCAAAGGACCCAACCCCCUCCCAGGACCAACAGGACCCUCAACCCCCCCAGCACCCAAAGCACCCACAGCACCCACAGCACCCACUGCACCCACAGCACCCACAGCACCCAUAGCACCCACAGCACCCAGAGCCCCCCCAGCACCCAAAGGACCCCCAGCCCCCUUGCACAGCCAUAGGGGGGGACAACAUGGGGCUGGGUGGGAUUAGGGGGGGGGACACUAAUGGGGACGACCCCGACAGCAUUAGGGAUGGAGAGAGGAGAGGAGGGGGGAGGGGAGGGGGCAGCGAUUCCAGCUGUGAUAUGGGGGGUGGUGGGGGGGGUGUGAGGGUGGGGGGGGGAAGGACAGAGACCCCCGUGUGCCCCCAUGGGGAGCAGCAGAGAAUCCUGGUCAGCAGCCCCGGGAGGGGACACAAAGUGUUUGUGGUGACACGGGUGGACAGUGGGGACACGGCCAUAAAUAGGGGAGGGGGAACUGGGAUCAAUGGAACUGGGAUCGAUAGUACUGGGGUCAGUGGAACUGGGAUCGAUAGUACUGGGGUGAAAAGAACUGGGAUGGAUAGUAUUGGGGUCAGUGGAACUGGGAUGGAUGGAACUGGGAUCAAUGGAACUGGGAUCGAUAGUAUUGGGGUCAGUGGAACUGGGAUCGAUAGUACUGGGGUGAAAAGAACUGGGAUGGAUGGAAUUGGGAUCAAUAGAACUGGGAUGGAGGGAACUGGGAUCGAUAGAACUGGGAUGGAUGGAACUGGGGUCAAAAGAACUGGGAUGGAUAGUACUGGGAUGGGGGGAACUGGGAUGGAUGGAAUUGGGAUCGAUAGAACUGGGAUGGAUGGAACUGGAAUCAAUAGUACUGGGAUGGAUGGAACUGGGAUGGAGGGAAAUGGGAUCAAUAGAACUGGGAUCGAUAGUAUUGGGGUCAGUGGAACUGGGAUGGAUGGAACUGGGGUCAAAAGAACUGGGAUGGAUGGAAUUGGGAUCGAUAGAACUGGGAUGGAUGGAAUUGGGAUGGAUGGAAUUGGGAUCGAUAGAACUGGGAUCAAUAGAACUGGGAUGGAUGGAAUUGGGAUGGAUGGAAUUGGGGUGGAUGGAAUUGGGAUGGGUAGUACUGGGAUGGACGGUACUGGGACAGCCACCACCAUUGGGAUGACCACUACUGGGAUUAAUGGGGCAGCCACUACUGGGACGGUCGUUACCGGGAUGACCAACACCACCAGUGGGAUGACAGCCACCAACACCAUUGGGGUGACCACCAACACCAGUGGGAUGACCACCAACACCAUUGGGGUGACCACCAACACCAUUGGGGUGACCACCAACACCAUUGGGGUGACCACCAACACCAGUGGGGUGACCACCAACACCAUUGGGAUGGGCACCAACACCAUUGGGGUGGCCACCAACACCAUUGGGGUGGCCACCAGUGGGAUCACGGCCACCAGUGGGUCCAGCACCACCAGUGGGACGGGCAGCAUUGGGAUGAUGGGCAGCAUUGGGAUGGUGACCACCAAUGGGACGGCCAACAACAGCGGGAUGGACAACAAUAGGAUGGACAACAAUGGGAUGGACAACAGUGGGAUGGACAACAACGGGAUGGACAACGAUAGGAUGGACAACAAUGGGAUGGACAACUAUGGGACGGCCAGCAAUAGGAUGGACAACAAUGGGAUGGACAACAACGGGAUGGACAAUGAUGGGAUGGACAACAAUGGGAUGGACAACAAUGGGACGGCCAGCAAUAGGAUGGCCAACAGUGGGACGGCCAAUGAUGGGACGGCUGAUUAUAGGAUGGACAAUGAUGGGACGGCCAGCAAUAGGAUGGACAACUAUGGGAUGAUUGAUGAUGGGACGGCCAACAGUGGGACGGCCAAUGAUGGGAUGGACAACAAUGGGACGGCCAGCAAUAGGAUGGACAACAAUGGGAUGGCCAAUGAUGGGAUGGACAACGAUGGGAUGGACAACAAUGGGACAGUCACUACUAGGAUGGCCAAUGAUGGGAUGGACAACAAUGGGACAGCCAACAAUAGGAUGGACUAUUAUGGGGUGGCCAACACUGGGACAGUCACUACCAGGAUGGCCAACAUUGGGAUGGACAACGAUGGGACGGACAAUGAUGGGAUGGACAACAAUGGGAUGGACAACGAUGGGAUGGACAACAUUGGGAUGGACAACUAUGGGAUGGACAACAUUGGGAUGGACAACUAUGGGAUGGACAACAUUGGGACGGCCAACAAUAGGAUGGACAAUUAUGGGAUGGCCAGCAGCACCGGGGUGGCCGCUGGUGGCCCAGUGCUGCCCAAUGGGCUGAAGGCAGAACUGGGCCGAGCUCUGCCCGACGGUGACGGCAAAGGGGGGAGCUGCGGCGCUGAGCACGAGCUGAGCUGCUGCCGGGACGAGCGGGAUCUGGAGGAGCUGCUGUUCGAGGCCAGCCAGGAUGCGGGGCAGGAGCCGCCAUGACAGCGCCGGGGAUGGGGGAUGGAUUUGGGGUUGGGGUCGGGGUCCGGGUUUGGGCUCAGGUUCCGGGUUCAGGAUCAGGGUCCAGAUUUGGGCUCAGGGUCCAGAUUUAGGAUCAGGGUCCAGAUUUGGGAUCAGGAUCCGGAUUUGGGCUCAGGGUCUGGAUUUGGGAUCAGGGUCCAGAUUUGGGAUCAGGAUCCGGAUUUGGGAUCAGGGUCUGGAUUUAGGAUCAGGGUCCAGAUUUGGGCUCAGGGUCUGGGUUCAGGAUCAGGGUCCGGAUUUGAGCUCAGGGUCCGGAUUUGGGGUUGGGGUCUGGAUUUGGGCUUAGGGUCUGGGUUUGUGAUCAGGAUCCAGACUUAGGAUCAGGGUCGGGUUCGGGAUCAGGGCCCAGAUUUGGGCUCAGGGUCCAGAUUUGGGCUCAGGGUCCGGAUUUGGGAUCAGGGUCUGGAUUUAGGAUCAGGGUCUGGAUUUGGGAUUGGGGUCCGGAUUUGGGAUCAGGGUCUGGAUUUAGGAUCAGGGUCCGGGUUUGGGAUCAGGGUCCAGGUUUGGGAUCGGGGUCCAGGCUUGGGGUCAGGGUCUGGAUUUAGACUCGGGGUCCGGAUUUGGGCUCAGGGUCCAGAUUUAGGAUCAAGGUCCAGGUUCGGGAUCAGGGUCCAGAUUUGGGCUCAGGGUCUGGGUUUGUGAUCAGGAUCUAGACUUAGGAUCAGGGUUUGGGUUCAGGAUCAGGGCCCAGAUUUGGGAUCAGGAUCCGGAUUUGGGAUCAGGGUCUGGAUUUGGGAUUGGGGUCCAGGUUCGGGAUCAGGGUCUGGGUUUGGGAUCAGGAUCCAGACUUAGGAUCAGGGUCCAGAUUUGGGCUCAGGAUCCAGGUUUGGGGUUGGGAAUCCAGAUUUGGGCUCAGGGUCUGGAUUUAGGAUCAAGGUCCAGGUUCGGGAUCAGUGUCUGGAUUUGGGCUCAGGGUCUGGAUUUAGGAUCAGGAUUGAGAUAUGGGCUCAGGGUCUGGAUUUGGGAUCGGGGUCCAGAUUUGGGCUCAGGGUCUGGGUUUAGGAUCAUGGUCUGGGUUUGGGGGUCCAGAUUUGGGCUCUGGUUCCAGCACUGGGAUCUGCUGUGGGGUCUCAGGGGCCCCAAAUAGUUCCUGGUCCCAAUGGGGUCCCCAUAAUGUCCCCAAUGGUCCCCAGUGGGGUCCCCAAUGGUGUCCCCAUAAUGUCCCCAAUGGUCCCCAAUGGUGUCCCCAUAAUGUCCCCAAUGGGGUCCCCAAGGAGAUGCCGCCAUGUCACCAACGGGAUGUCACCACAUCCCCUAAAGGGUGACAUGGUCCCCAUAGGGUGACCCUGACCCCAAUGUAGGUGACCCUGACCCCAAUGUUGGUGACCCUGAUCCUAAAGGGUGACCCUGACCCCAUUGUUAAUGGCUCUGACCCUAAAUGUGAGCCUGACCCCAAAGAGCGACGCCAUCCCCCAUUGGUGACACCGUCCCUUAAGGGUGACCCUGACCUUAAAGGGUGACCCUGACCCCAUUGUUAAUGGCUCUGACCCUAAUGUUGGUGACCCUGACCCUAAAGUGUGACACCAUCCCCAUAGGGUGACCCCAACCCCAAAGGAGACCCUGACCCCAAUGUUGAUGGCUCUGACCCUAAAGAUGACCCCGACCCCAGUGUUGGCAACCCUGACCCCAUAGGGUGACCCUGACCCCAUAGGGUGACCCUGACCCCAAAGAGCGACACCAUCCCCCAUUGGUGACAUGGACCCUAAAGAUGACCCUGACCCCAAUGUUGGUGACCCUGACCCCAAAGAUGACGCUGACCCUAAAGAUGAUCCUGACCCUAAAGGUGACUGAUCCUAAAGGUGACCCUGACCCCAAUGUUGGUGACCCUGACCCUAAAAGUGACCCUGCCCCUCUCAGGCUGUUCUCAGGGGCUGUGGUGUUGGGGGGGGGGUCCAUAUUUGGGGUCAUUUUGGGGUCUUUAUUUGGGGUCUUUAUUUGGGGUCCUUAUAUGGGCUCUUUAUUUGGGGUCUUUAUUUGGUGUGAGGGGGGAAGGAUUCGAUUUUUGUCCUUUUCUUGCUGUUUAUUUUGCUCCUUUUUGGGGUUUUUUGGGUGUUAUUUUUUUUUCCCCAUCCAGAAGUGCAAUAAAUGGGGGGGGGU